AGCAUAUUUGAUAUUAGCCUUCCUUUCAAGUGAUACUUGUGAUAUGACAGACACAUGAAUCGAUACGCUUCCUGUCACGCUGUCGAUUCGCCUCGCCUACCCUUUCAUCACCCAUAUAUAUCCCGCCCUCCCACUUCUCCUCCCUUCUCCACCGUCCGAUUCAACCCCGUUCCGUUCCGUUCGUAGCUCAGCUCCCGAUCCCCCAUCUCUGGCGCGCGCUCUCUCUCUCUCUCUCUCUAGUGCAAAUGGCGGCUCUCCGUGUAACCCUUGCUCGCCGCUUAUUCCAGAUCGCUAAGGUCGGUUCGUCCGCUGGCGCCGCCAAACCCCUCCCCGGCGCCCGCAAUGAACCGCGUCCGAUUCGGUGCUUCCUCUCCUCCUGUCCUCAGAAACAACCGUUCUUCCAGCUGCCGCUGCCGCCGGACCGCCUCGCGCUCCCCGUCGGCGACCCGCUCGUCCGGUGGAUCCGCGGCCUCAACUCGGACCGGAUCCGCCUCGACCUGCACCUUCCGCCUUCGGGAUCGAUCCCCGCGGGAGCGGACGAGGUAGCCAGAGGAGAGAAGGGGAUGUUGGUGGGGGACGUGAGGAAGGCCGUGAGGGCGUCGCAGAUGGAUGCGGCGAGGGCGAGACUGACGGCGACGAGGGAGAGCUGCGUCGCCUACUCGGAGUUCGUCCGGAUCUGCAGCGAGGCGUCGGGUCGCGAGCGGGGCGUGGAGGUGGCGCGAUCGCUCGACGAGUUGGGAGCGGUGAUCGUUUGGGGCAACGUCGUCUUUCUACGGCCGGAAGAGGUAGCCAAGGCAAUCGAGACCGCGAUGAUCCCGUCGGUUGAGGACGCUGAGAGAGGAGAAGAGCUGAGGAGGAUGGAGGAGACGAAGGCGGAGAUCGACCGGAGCGCGGCGGCGCUGGUGAGGAAGGAGCUGUGGUGCGGGCUGGGGCUUAUGGCGGCGCAGACGGCGGCGUUCAUGCGGCUGACCUUCUGGGACCUGUCGUGGGACGUGAUGGAGCCGAUCUGCUUCUACGUCACCUCCAUCUACUUCAUGGCCGGUUACGCCUUCUUCCUCGCGACAUCCAGAGAACCCUCCUUCGAGGGCUUCUUCGAGAGCCGCUUCGCCGCCCGGCAGAAGCGGCUGAUGAGGGCCAGAGAAUUCAAUGUCGAGCGCUUCAACGAGCUAAUCGGGGAUUGCCGCCGCCCGCAUCCCUCGUUCGCACCCUUUAGUAUGCGGAAGACAUGACCCGAGCGAAGAGGCCGCCUUAUCAACGGGAAUAAUCUUAGACUUGAUGGGAACGAAA